CACCAUGAAAAGCAUUUUUUCCACCCAUAAAGGCAAUUGACGAUGCUAACCAUGCAGAAAUUCUUCAAAGUUUACCUCGUGCUCUGCGUUAUGAUUUUCUUGGCUGGCUGUGUCCAAGCAGGUAAAGCAGUUCAUGCAGUGUACAAAUACAAAUGUUUCUACAUUAAUGGCAAACGAAUUUGCACAAAUCGACCAAAUGUGGUUCUUCUUUGAAAAAUGCAACAGCUCUAAAACUCCAACACAUUUCUUUAGACAUGUGUAUCAAUAAAGUUAUGUUGAGCGCAGACUGACAUUUUGAGUGACAAAACUUAUUUUUUUUGUCUAUUUCAAUGAUGUUUACAUACAUGAGGACUGUAGUACAUCCGGACAGUUACUCGUCAAUGACUUUAUAAGCAGAUAGUGGAACACCACUGCAUUCGACUCUUCAUCACUACCAAUGAAG